AUCCAGAUCGCCAUCAUUCCAAAGGGGAAACAGUUCCCCUAUCUCAACUACGAGUAUUUCCGAAUUUCUUCAUAGCUAAACCCCGGUGCGGUGGACAGAAUUUCAGACAUAGUUCGGUUGCGAUUUGUUUCCAUAAUGCGUAUUAGUGAGUUAAAGAUCAAAUACCUUUGACAAAACAUUACCGAAAUUUGCAAAAUGUGUUACGUAGCAUUUGUUUGGUUCCUUGUAAUAGUGUUAUACUUCCGAGAGACUGCUGGUUUGCGUGAUGUACACAUUGUUGUUCCGCGAGCCGUAAUUAAAGGAACCGAUGUAGAACUUCAAUGCUUGUUUGACCUAGAAGGAGAAAAGUUGUAUUCAGUUAAAUGGUAUCGAGGGGAAUGGGAGUUUUUCCGCUUUACGCCAAAGGACAAAGAGUCUGUAAAAAUAUUUCCUGUAGAAGGAAUUCACGUAAAAUCUAAGGAAUCGCAGCCAACCAAGAUCGUUUUAGAAAAUGUUCCCAGGGAAAUCAGUGGUCCUUUUAGCUGCGAAGUUACGGCUGAAAUGCCCAGCUUUUAUACACUUAUGCAGACCGCCGAACUUCAGGUGGUAGAGGUCCCAAGGACUGCACCCUAUAUAACUGGUAUUAAAAAGAGAUACUCGCUGGAAGAUGAAAUAUUUCGAGCUAAUUGUACCUCAGAACACUCGUAUCCAGCGGCAAAUAUUACUUGGUAUAUUAAUGGACAUCAAAGUAAAAAACAGCAAAUAUUGAGCCGCAGUAUAGACAAAACUGAUAACUCCGUCACAGUUACAUCGAGCAUUCGACAUCAUCUACCCAAAAAGGCAUUCCAGAAUAAACGUAUGAGAGUGCAAUGUUUAACUAAUAUAUAUAAUGUUUACUACUACACUGCCCAAGUAACUGUGGAGCUAAUAGACAAACGUAGUAAAAGUCAUCAGCAGGAGUGGCCUCCUACGACUGGGGCUCCACCCUCUUUAUCCAGAGACAGCUUUUAUGAUAGUAGAUAUUAUGAAAGCUCAAUUGAGCCACCUCUAGAAACAACUCUGUGGUUUUGGCCGUCAUCUUCUGCUGCUCAUUUAAGGAUGUUCACAAUGCCUAUGACAUUGCUUGUAAUUGGAUACAUUGCGUUGUUUAGAUGACUUAAUUAUAAAUGUAACUUUAAAGUGGGAAUAUUUGCUUGCUCUUAAAUUGUGAUAUAGUAUAUUUGUUGUGUAUUUAAAAGUUAGUAUUAUACAUGUUAAAGAUUUU